AUGAUUUCAUCAAAUUAAUAAGGAAAAAUAUUGUUUAUUUAAGGGAGAGGGUAUGAAAUCAUUAGAGAAAUAUAGUAAUAAGGUGCUCAAUCAAUUAAUUAUAUUGCAAAAUGUAUUGGAAAUCCAUAUGAACAAGUUAUCAUAAAAUAAUAUAAUUAAAUAAAAGUAGAUGAAUUGUAAGUGCUGAACAUAAUUUAAAAAGAACAAAUAGAUGAUAAAUCUAAAAACAAACAUAUAAUUAAAAUUCUUGGAAUUUAAGAUUGUUCAUAAUAGGAAGAAUAGAAAAAUUUUCUAAUGGUUAUGGAAUAAGGUAAAAAUAAUUUAUAGCACUUAAUUAAUACUAAUAAAUCGUUUAAUUUGGCUUAGAAACUUAAACUAUUUAGAUAAAUGAUUAAAGGAGUUAAGGAAUUACAUGCAUUAGGCUAUAGUCAUAGAGAUUUGAAACCAGAGAACUUUGUAUAUUUUGAAAAUUAAAGAAAAAAUUAUACAGUCAAGUUAAUAGAUUUUGGUUUAGUUAAGAAAGACUCUACAAGACUUAAAUCAUUACAGGUGGGGACUUGCAAUUACAUGUCACCGGAAGUUAUGAUAGGAGAAGGUAAUUAUGAUAAGACUGUUGAUAUUUGGAGUCUUGGAAUCAUACUUUAUUAAAUGCUAACAACAGAAUAUUUAAUAAAAGCUAAAAAUACAAAAGAUUUAAUGUUUUAGAUGCUUGCUUUUACUUAAGACUAUAUAGAUUUGACAAUAGAUUAAACCAAUUGUAUGGGAUAAUAAGAAAAGGAAAUAAUCAAAUCAAUGUUAUAAAAAGAAAGUUAACAUAGAUGUAAUUUGGAUAUAAUAUUAAACAAAAUAGACGAACUUUUAAAAGAAAUUAAGGAAUAAGAGUAAAAAGAAAUACAAUAAUUUAAAGAUCAAAAAUAAUAAUGUAUUGUUCAGUUAAAAGAUAUCAAAAGUACAAUUAGCAAUGUCAUUUAAUAUCUAAUUGAUACACAACAGAUAAUUAAACAAAUUAAUUUAUAAAAUAAUACAAAGUAAUAAUUGUUCACUUACAUUAAUAAUGAAAUUUAAAAAUAUGAAGAGAUUUUAUUAAAAAAUGAAUAACAAUUAAAAUCGAUAUUAUACGCAUAGACAAAAGAGAUGCUAAAAGAAUAUCAUAAUAUUAACUAUCUCAAGACUAUUCAUCAUUUAUUAAUAUUAAAAGAAAAAAAUAAACUCGAAUAGUAGUUAAAAGAUUAAGUGAAGUUUGAAUUAUUUGAGGAGAAGUAAAAAAUCGAAAGAGAAUAUUAAAUGAAAAUGGAAUAGGAGCAAAAAUUGAAAAAAGAAAAAGAAAAAGAAUAAUAUCAAUUUUCAUUAUAAAUGGUUAAAUAAUAAUUAAAUUAAUAAUCUCCUUAGAUUUAGUUAAUUUAAGACUAAAUUCACUUUUAUCAGAUAAUAGAAAUUUAAGGAAAUGAGAAGAUUUCAGAUGUGAUAAAAUAUCAUCAACAAAUAACAUAAGAUAUCUAAACAGUAGAAUUUUAGGAGAAAAUAAUUGAGUAAUAUGAAUCAUUGCAAUAACAAAUUGCUACUUAUUAAUCCUGUAAUAGCAAGCUUGAAGAAAUUUAAGAAGCCUAAAAUAGAAACAAAACUCAAAUUGAAGAAGCAAUUAAAAGUACUUAGUAAAAAGAUUAGCAGUAUUUGGUGAAAAAUCAAUAAUAAAUGGAGGAAUUAUACAAAGAAUUAAUUGAUUACUAGGAAAAAUAUCAGUAUUUAUCUAAAAAUUAAAAAUAUUCAAAUUAAAUAACUUGUGUAAUUACUCAGAUAGGACAAGCUUUUAGUGACUUAGAUAAACUAAAAUAAUUGAUAUUUUAAAGAACAUUGCCAGCUUAUUAAGAGUACUCUCAAAUAAAUUAAUAAAUUUAAAAAUCCUUAGUGUUCUUUGAAAAAUAACAUAGUUAAUUACAUUAACAAAUUUAUAAUGAUGAACUUAUUGCCUUAAAAAUUCAAGAAAGAAUUAAAAAAUUAGAAAUUGCAAAAGAUUAAUUUGGUAAAUUUAUUAUUAAAAUGAAUAAAUUAAAAGAUUAAGUGAAAGACUUUAUCAAAAAUGAAUAUUGCAAUAACUAUGAUUCAUAGAAAUUAAUAGAUUCCAGAAUAAUAAAUAUCGAUUAAAAUGUAAAGGAAUAAUAGGAGCUUUUCGAGUUGUUUGCUUAAUUGAUUUAAUCAGAUUCGUGUGAAAAUAUUAAUAACUAAAUUACAUAAUUGGAAGAAUUUUAGAGAAAAUUAAAAGAAGUAGAAAUUAAUGAAAUAGAAUAUAUAAACUAAUUAGAGUAAAUAAUUAAGAAAGAAAUGGAAGAUAAAAAAAGUGAAAAAGAAAAAAAAAUAUUGAAUUUGAAUAAUAAAUUAUAAACAAGGUAUGGAGAAUAUACAAAGGCACUGCAAUCAAUCAAAUUUUAAUUUCAAAGUGUUGAGUUUUAUUAAUAAAUGAAUCAAAAAAAAGAAAAUCUCCAAAAAGAAUUGGAGUAAGAAAUCAGAAUUUUGAAUUAGUAUUCAUUGAUUUAUUAAGAAAACAUGAAACUAUUGGAGUAUGAAAUAAAAGUAAAUUAAAAAAAAAGAGGGAUGUUAUAACAAAAUAUUGAGCAUAUGCUCAAAAUUUUCUAAUAAACUUGUCAUCAUAAAGGAUAAAAGUUAUAUUAAAUAAUUUACAUUGUAUCUCAUAAUUACUAACAAUUAAAUUUUUGCUUAAUGGAUGAUAAUCUAAUUAAGAAUUAUGGAUUGUUAAAAAUAUAAGAAGAGCAAUUAAAAAUAAAAUUAAUUUCAAUAAACCAAAAUAUAUCUAAUUAAUAAUUAAACCCGUAAUAAUUAGAUAAUUUAAUAGAAUAUAUUAUAACGGUCUUUUCUAGUAUUGAUGAAUUAAUGGAUAAAAUUCCAAAUUUUAAUUAAAUCAAUGAUUUCAACAAAGCAUAUCAAUAAAAUUUAGAAUCAUAUGAGAAAGUGUAUGCUUUAAUAAAUUAUAUAAGAUAAUAUCACUUAACAAGAUAUUAUGAAAGAAUUAAAGUUAAUACAAAUUAAUAAAAGAAAAUUUAAUAGAAUAACAAAGAAAGUGAUUACUAAAAGAUAUUCUAAUCUAAAUUAAUUUGUGACUAAGAAGAUAAUACAAAAAAGGAGAAAGAGGCUUUAGAUAUAUUAUUAAGAUAUGAAAAUGUCAUAUGUAAAAAUUACUAUAAGAUGAAUAUUGAAGUAAUGGAAAAAGAUAAAAAAUAAAUAGAAAAAAUGACAGUUGAAAUAGAAAAUUUAAUUAAAUAAAAAAACUUAGUGAAAUUAAGAUCUAAAUUGAAAGAUUAAAACAAAAUUAAAGAGAUCAUUGGAUAAUAUUAUAAAAUAACUGAGUUUACAUAAAUGCUGAUAUUUAAAAUAGCAAUGUCUUCAAUUAAUGAGAAUGCUCAAUAUUGA